AUGGCCGAGCAUGUCUGUGGUUUCCCCCUGUUCGCCCGCCUCCCGCCCGAGAUCCAGUACAUGAUUUGGGAAGAAGCCCUCCGCACACCCCAGAUCGUGCAGCUCUGCUUCGACUUCAGCAGGUACAACACCACCGGCGCCCUCCGCCGCCGCGUCGUGCCCCCACUGCUGCAAACCUGCGCCGCGUCCCGGCAAAUCGCCCAGGAGGUGUACGUCGACGACCUCUUCGAGGAGGACCGCACCUCCGUCGUCACGUACAUGCAGUCGGGCCUCGACACGCUGUACUACGGGUCCGCCAACCGCGGCGAGAGCAUCGGCCACGCCAACGAGCUCUGGGCGUAUGCCUUUCCAACGCUGGAUCCGGCCGACGUCAAGCACGUGGCCUUUGAGGUCAAGUACUGGGUGGAGCAGCACGAGGGGUGGGACAUGAUAGACAGUUUGAGGAUGCUGAUUGGGUUGGAAACGCUGACCUUGGUGUUUGAGGGGGAGUCGGAGCCUGGGAGACCUGCUGAGCUGGUGGACCUGACGGAGGACGAGCGGAAGAACAUAUUGGGCACGUAUGCGCCGGCAUUGGGAUUCAAGACCGUUGCCGAGUUGCUUGACAAGAUUCACGAAGACUUCGUGACCACGUUUGACGCUGAGGAGAUACCACUUGACGAUAUCCCAGAGCUGAGGAUCAAGACGCUUAGGGGGAACAUUUUCGGGCAAAGGCCGCAAUAG